AUGGGGUCUGUUUCUAACCAGCAAUUUGCAGGUGGCUGCGCCAAGGCGGGCGAGGAAGAGCCCACGGGAGAGUCGCCCAGGCCGGACGAGGAGAACCAGCCGCUCUUGCAUGGCGCCGGGAUCUGUAAAUGGUUCAACGUGCGGAUGGGCUUCGGGUUCCUCUCCAUGACCAGCAAAGAAGGCAUCGCCCUCGACUCCCCGGUGGACGUGUUCGUGCAUCAGAGCAAGCUCCACAUGGAAGGUUUCCGCAGCCUGAAGGAAGGAGAGGCUGUUGAAUUCACCUUCAAAAAAUCCUCCAAGGGUUUGGAAUCCAUCCGAGUCACUGGCCCAGGGGGUGUGUUCUGCAUCGGCAGCGAGAGGAGACCGAAGGGAAAGAACCUCCAGAAACGCCGAUCAAAAGGAGACAGAUGCUACAACUGCGGUGGCCUAGAUCAUCACGCCAAAGAAUGCAAGCUCCCUCCACAGCCCAAGAAAUGCCACUUCUGCCAAAGCAUUGCCCACAUGGUGGCCAACUGCCCCGUCAAAACACAGCAGUCGCCCAGUUCUCAGGGAAAACCCGCCUACUUCCGGGAGGAGGAGGAAAUGCACAGCUCACCCCUUCUUCCUGAAACCAGGGAAUAA